AAGCCUUUCCCUCUCUGUCUAGUUUUAGUUUUCCUCUUCACUUUUUAAAGUUUUGUCAAAAACAUCGAAACUUUUUCUUUUAAGACCACCCGAAAAAGAUGUGCGGAGGUGCAAUCAUUUCUGAUUUCAUUGCUGUGAAGCGUGGUCGGAAGCUGACCGCAGAAGACCUUUGGUCGGAGCUCGACACCUUCUCCGACCUCUUGGGUUUGGACUACAAUGGGAAAGACGCUUUCACUCAGUCGGGCAACACCAAGGUCGGUCCAAAAGGCACGCAACUGAACAAAGUGACAAGCCGGGGCACAGGAAAAGAGGGGAAGACUCAGCGAACUCGGAAGAACGUGUACAGAGGAAUCAGGCAAAGGCCAUGGGGCAAAUGGGCAGCUGAGAUUAGAGACCCCCACAAAGGCGUCCGAGUCUGGCUUGGUACCUACAACACAGCUGAAGAAGCAGCUCGAGCCUACGAUGAAGCCGCCAAGCGCAUCCGUGGAGAUAAAGCCAAGCUCAACUUCCCUCAAGCUCCUCCAGCCCCAGUCCAGCCUCCUGCUAAGAAAAGCCGCAUCGUCGCCCCUGAGCUGAGUCAUGCGAAUUUUGAAACCAUUGGCGCACCACCACCCCCGCCAACGCCACAACCGUACAUGGGUUUCGCGUACGGGAACGAAGUUUACAGGCCGUGUGAAGCAGUGGAGACGAGUGAGCUGGAGCUGAAAGAGCAAAUCUGGAGCCUGGAAUCGUUCCUUGGUUUGGAGCCUGAGACCCCUCAGCCGAGUGGAAACGGUGAGCCUGACUCAGUGGACCUCUGGAUGCUUGAUGACCUCGUGACUCAUCAUCAGCAGCAGCGCCAGCUUGUUUAUUAGAUUAAACAAAUUUAAAUAAACCUAAAAAAAACCGACUAAUAGUAAUAAUUAGCGUUAAUCAUCAUCUUUAUGUGUUAAUUAGGGUUUUCGAUGGGGGUACCAUGACCACCGUGGUACAUGCUCAUGCUAUGUUUUAUGUUAUGCAUGGUAAAUAUGAGAAUAAAGGAGUAGCGCGUGUAUUACAUGCAUCAUCUUUUCUUGUUUGUAUUUGGGUUUGUAUUGGACGACCUUGGAUUUCAUGCCCAUCAUGUCGGUUCAUGUAUCAUAUAUUUGUGCUUUCUAUUAAUUAACUUCCAUCUUUUAUCAGUA